GCGUAGCUCUUCUGAGUAUCAGCAAGUGCAGAACAAGGAACAGGCUCAGAUUCAUUCAAGGAGGCGGAGGGUAUCGCACACAAGUUUCCCACAUAGGAGUCCUUCAGCGCCAAAACCAGGCGAAAACAAAUCUGUUCUUUAAACGAAGAGACUUUAGCGAGGGAGGAGGAAUCGAAAAACAGGAUCCAUCCCAGUCAGAAGUUGCGUGUGCUACCUCUCCCAGUGCUGAAAAAUGAGUCUGAGCACCAGUGACCUGGAGGACCUGUUGGAGUGGUUUGGGGACCCCAACGUCUCAGAAACCUUAACUAACAUAUCGAGUGUGGACACAAUGAUGUGUGUCACGGCUUUCAAUCGCAACGCUCUGCUCUACUCCAUGUGUGUCCUCUACACUUUUAUCUUCAUCGUGGGUCUGGCUGCUAACGCUCUGGUCCUCUGGGUAAACAUCCGUGCUCAAAGAGACUCCACCCCUCGCCAUGAGACGCACAUGUACAUUGCCCACCUGGCAGUUGCAGACCUAUGUGUGUGCGCCACCCUACCUGUGUGGGUGAGCUCCCUGGCCCAGCAUGGUCACUGGCCCUUCGGCGAGGUGGCGUGUAAACUCACGCACCUGCUGUUCUCCGUCAACCUCUUUGGCAGCAUCUUCUUCCUGGCCUGCAUGAGUGUGGACCGUUACCUGAGCGUUGCGAAGCAUGGAGACAAUGAGGGAGGCGCGCGGCUGAAGCUAAUCCGCCGUGGAGCGUGUGUAGGGGUGUGGCUUCUGGCUCUGGUCGCUUCCCUACCAGACACCUACUUCCUGCGUACUGUGAAGUCAACACAUGGGGACGCAAUGCUCUGCAGGCCAGUAUACCCAGAGGGGAACCCCAGAGAGUGGAUGGUGGGCGUGCAGCUGAGCUUCAUCCUGCUGGGCUUUGUUCUCCCCUUCCCCGUCAUUGCAGUGUUUUACGCCCUGCUAGCCAGAGCUUUCACCCGCUCCUCCGCUUCUUCUUCAGCGUCCUCCGCAGUGGAGCAGGAGCGUCGAGUGAGCCGCAGGGUAAUCCUGGCCUACAUUGUGGUGUUUCUGGGCUGCUGGGGGCCCUAUCACAGUGUCCUCCUGGCUGACUCCCUGUCUCAGCUGGGCUUAGUUCCUCUGACCUGCGGCCUGGAGAACGUGCUCUUUGUGGCCUUACACCUCACCCAGUGCCUGUCCUUGCUACACUGCUGUUUCAACCCCAUCCUCUACAACUUCAUCAACAGAAACUACCGCUAUGACCUCAUGAAAGCCUUCAUCUUUAAAUACUCCACGAGGACGGGCUUGGCACGCCUCAUCGAGGCUUCUAACAUGUCUGAGACCGAGUACUCUGCUGUAGCUGUAGAAAACCCACCACAGAUCUGAAACUUGCAAUACACAAUUAGCAUUUCUUGAACACUGUUUCUAAAUAUAAAAGGCUAUAAUGCAAUGUAAACUUAUGUUACAGCUGAUUUGUUCUUUGUUACUAUCAGCAUUAUGUUUGACAUUUUUGCCAAUCCAAUCCUUUUUACAGAAAUCUGCUUAAGUCAUGUAGAAAAGCUUGAAGACGGGCUAAAAUAAACUUUGAUGGACUGAUUUAAAAGCACUUAGAAAGCAGUUUUUAUAUAGCAAUUGAUACUGAAAUCAUAUGGACAUCGUCACUCAUUUGUAAAGUCAAAACAGUGACCAUAAAUGUGUAAAAUCUUUGCCUGUACUGCGUAUGUAGGAUUGUAUUGUGUGUAUGUGUGUGUGUGUGUGUGUGUGUUUGUGAGUGUGAUGUGCAUAAUCUGACAGGCAUUGAAUAUAGAUAGUAUCAGCAGAGUAAUAUUGUUAAUCUUUUUGUAUCAAGUUGUAUUUAUAGACUGUACAUUUGAACUGUUUAGCCUCUUUCACGUUGUAAUUCAGAGUCUUCACACGCUGACGUCUGCUCAGUGCUCCACUUCAUGCAAUGCUGCCUCAUCAUGUUAGUCGAGCCACUGACUGUGCUCAGUGUGUUAGUCCUGCUGUCUCAUUGUUAAUCAUAACCUCAUGUCACAUCAGUUGAAUCCUUCAGACAAAUUAUGUAAACCAAUUGAGAGUUCUUUCAUGCCACUAAGGUUUGUAGAUAAUCAAAAAAGUGUGUGUUCUGUGUUUCGUAGUUUUGGUAGUACACUUCUUUGCUAAGAGUUAGACAAAAAGAUUCACGUCUGUACACUGAAUAUAAAACUACAGCCAGCUGCUGAUACGCUCAGCUUUGUUAAAAGACUGGAAACGGGGGGAAACAGCUAGCCCGGCUCUGUCUAAAGGUAAAACAAAUCCACUACUAGCACCCCCAAAGCUCACAUUUACACAAUAUAUCUUGUUUAUUUAAUCUGUACAAAAACCAAAGUGAAAAAAAUGAACGGUUGUGGUUUGACAGUUGAUUAUGUACUUCCUGUCGUCUUUCAGUCUUUGUGCUAAGCUAAGCCAAGCUAAACUAAUCACAUGGUGUCUUUAACUUCAUAUUUGACAUGAGAGUGGUACUCUAUCGACCUUCUCAUCUAACUCUGCAAGAAAAAAAGUAAGCGUAUUUCCCAAACUGUCGAACUUCUCUUUUAAAGAAAGCUGAUGUGUUAUUGAGGAGUAAUUUUCUUUAGGCUCUAAAUAUUGUAUAAAAACAUUGUCUGGAGGCUUCAACUGAGACUACUGAGCUUAAAGAGCAGAUAGAUGUAGCUGCUGUCUCUUCUGAAAAGUACAGUAUUAUGUAAUAUACUGUUACUACAAUAUAUUUUGUAUCAGUGCGAAUAGCGGAAAGGAUGCACAUGUCCAUGUGGUAUUAAUCCUGUUGUGUCAGCACACAGGCCACAGACGGCUAAAACUUUUAAGACCAAAUAACAUGAAUGAAUAGUUUUACUAGUUUCAUGUAGGCAGCAGCUGUGGCAUGCAACAACCAAGUGUUUAUUAGGGACCAAAUAACAAAAGACAUCACUACAUUACUUUAGAGUUGUGUGUAUGUCUGUUCCACAGCUUGACACCAAGAGAUGAUGUUUUAUGUGUCACAAACAUUGAGUUAUACAGUUUACUCACUGUCUGUUGUAGGAAACAACAUAUUCUUUUGAUAUGCUGACAUAGAGCACAUUGUGUCAUGUGAUUGGUUACACAUGUAUGCUUCUACACUGAAGAUUUCACGUUGCGAAUAGAAAAGACUGGAGACACGAACAUGUGUCCACAAGAACAGAGGCAUUCCUUUGGUAUUGUAAUGUGUAACAUGUGUUUUGUUAUAUAUUAAAUACAGAGAAAAUG